UAAUAUCAUCUUUAUGGAAAAAUGCUAGUUUUAGGGCAAAGUUUCGACGAUUAAAAUGUCUACGCCGAGUGGUUUCUUCCAGGAGCGUACCAUUCCUGAGUCGACGGAAGCCGCGACGCUAAACGAUAAAUCAAGCGGGUUUGUAUUUCCUUACGUUGCUAUUUUUUAAAAACGCUACCACAUACUGUCUGUAAAUGGAUGGUAUUCGUAAUAUGAAACGCUGAGCGCCGUGGCCUGCAUUACUUCAGUCUCGUUAGAUGCAAUAUGGACUUUUCCAUCAUGGCCGCCAUUCACUGAAGCCCGGGGAAAAAAAAAGGCUCCGAUUCGCGCCAUCAUGAAUGAGCUGAAGGACUGCCCCCCACUGAAGUACUACGACUUCAAACCCGUGGAGCACGUGAAGGUGUGCCCGCGCUACACAGCGGUGCUGGGCCGCUCUGAGGACGAUGGCAUCGGCAUCGAGGAGCUGGACACUCUGCAGCUGGAGCUGGAGACGCUCCUGUCCGCUGCCAGCCGCCGCCUCCGAGCUCUGGAUGAGCAGAGACAGAUUCUCACAGACUGGCAGGACAAGAAAGGAGACAAGCGCUUUCUCAAAAUGGGAAAAGACCCGGACCCUGCUGUUUCACCUCGCCCCAAACCUAAAAAGCCCAAAUUAGAGGGGAAAGGCAGCCAUGUUCCUGGUCCAGGUCCUGGCAGACCCAAGUCCAAGAACCUCCAGCCUAAAGUCCAGGAGUAUGAAUUUACAGAUGAUGCACAGGACAUUCCUCGCACGCCGAAAAACGACGCCCCCAACAGAUUCUGGGCGUCAGUUGAGCCAUACUGUGCGGAUAUCACCAACGAAGAAAUCCGAUUACUGGAGGAACUUUUGAAAGCCCCAGAGGACGAGACAGAGUACUUCAAAAUUCCAGUGUUGGGAAAACAUUACUCUCAGCGAUGGGCUCAGGAGGAUCUCCUGGAGGAGCAGAGGGAGGGAGCACGUGCGAACGACAAGAAGAAGAACCUGAUGUCAGGGCCGCUGUCCGAACUGGAUGCAAAAGAUGUUGAUUCUCUGCUGAAGAAGUCCGAGUCCCAACAUGAGUCCCCAGAAGACGGCUGUCCCUUCGGUCCACUCACGCAGCGUCUGCUCCAGGCGCUGGUGGAGGAGAACAUUAUAUCCCCCAUGGAGGAUUCUCCCAUUCCAGACAUUUCCGGUAAGGAUGCUACCGAUGGAGCCGGAACGUCACCGCGAAGUCAGGCCAAAUCUUUCAGUGUUCCUCACACGCGCUCCUUGGAAGCCCGCAUUAAGGAUGAGCUGGUAACACAGGGUCUUCUGGACUCAGAGGAGCGGCCUGGACCAGGGGGAGACUCGGAGGACGAGAUCCUGAUUGAGCUGCAGAAGCGACAGGCGGAGCUCAAAGCUCUCAGUGCUCACAACAGAGCACGCAAGCAGGAGCUACUUCGGCUCGCCAAAGAGGAGAUGCGCAAGCAGGAGCUGAGACAGAGGGUCCGGGUGUCUGACAACGAGGUGAUGGAAGGAUUCCGGCGUAUCAUGGCGGCCAGGCAGAAGAAACGCACGCCCACCAAGAAGGAGAAAGACCAGGCUUGGAAAGCUCUGAAGGAACGGGAGAGCAUCCUCAAGCUGCUGGAUGGAUGAAAGAGGCAGAGGUUUACAUCAUGCUGUGACAGCUGCGCCACAUGUUCAACAAAGACUGACCGCCGGGGUCUCACCCCUCUGUCGUGUCGUGUGAUGGGCAUUGUUUGUGACAUUCACUGUGCGUCCCUUUCCCUUUUUCAUGUUCGAUAAUUUGUAUAUUAAUAUGCAUCAGUGUUUGAGCAAUGAUUAAAAUCUGGUGUUGUA